AUGUCUAACUUCGUACAGCCGUCUUACAUCGAGACCCAGCAGCGGGCUGAUUCUCCAGAUGCAAAGUAUUUUAAUAAUCAUUCUGAGCCAACUUUGAAUAAAGUCUACUCGGAAGGACAGUAUCAAUUCGGCAAUGUGUUACCACCAAGGACAGGUUAUCUUAGAGUCAACUAUUAUAGAAGAGCAGGGGAUAACAGACGUUUUCCCACAUCUUGCGCUGCAGGUAUUGCUCUCUUAGGAGUUGCUUUGUUCCCAUUGGGGUUGAUCCUCUUGGGAGCUAAAGGUGUCCAAUCUACUGGUAUUUUGACUAGUACGUACCUCUUCACUUCUGGUUUCACAGAAAUUGUUUUAGGUAUGUGGGCUAUAGUUGAUAAUAACUUAUGGGGUUCUACUUUUAUGAUAUGUUAUGGUUCUUUCUUUAUGGCUUUGGGUGGUAUCAAUACAAACAUUCUUGGAGUACAAGACCAAUAUGAUAGUGAACAGGACUUUAACAAUGCUUACGGUCUAUUAUUAUUAGGCUGGACAAUUUUCACCUUUGUUAUGUGGACCGCCACUCUUAAAUCAACCAUUUCUAUCUUUGCCUUGAUGACUAUGCUCACAAUAUUCUUCAGUGUUUACAGUGCCUAUAUUUUCCUAGAUGUUAAAGCUUGCAAGAUCAUCUCUGGUGUUCUUGCAAUUUUAAUGGGUUUAGGUUGUUUCUCCGGAGUUUAUGAUGGAUUAAAUGAAGCUCCAAACGCGUAUAUGGAGUCUGCAGAAAAGUAUAUGAUUAUGCCAGGAAACCGUGCUGUUCCAAAAGAUGACAAAUACAUCGAGGUGAUAUAA